GCUUGCACUGAACGGACGAACGGACGCACGGAUCGCUGAUCGAGUCUUUUCGUUUGUUUAUUUGUUUGUGUCUAACGCUGAAUUCUCUCGUAGUGUUUGUUGAAAAAGUUGCCAUAUUCUCGGUGGCCACUUGCGAUCAUUAUAAUCAAUCUAUGCUGAGUGGUUUUGUUUGAUUAGAACACCAGAGAAUAGUGUCAUCGUUCGACCGGUUGAACGAGUCACUUGGUCGCGAGUGCUGAUAACAAUCUCAGUGUCGAUCAGAAAUCCGGGCUUGUGACGGUGAUCCUGUUCACUUCAGUGCUGGAUGGUGAUAAUGAUCAGAAGAGCAGGUUUUGUGAGGUCUUUGCUCCUGCUGGUAGCCGUUUGUGUUUGCAGUGUCUCGACAGGAACAAGCGUACCAAGAUGGCGAAAUGGGAACGGGAUCUACAAGCGAGGUCAACGCAACGACUACCGGACUUAUCCAGUCGAUAGUGGUACGACUUGUGGUUAUGAGUCCUGUCCCGAGAUCAAGAAGAACAUGCUGAAUAUCCACUUGGUCCCGCACACCCACGAUGAUGUCGGUUGGCUCAAAACGGUCGAUCAGUACUAUUACGGGAGUAGAACACUUAUCCAGAAGGCAGGUGUUCAGUACAUACUUGAUUCGGUGAUCGAUUCACUGCUCAAGGACCCUUCGCGAAGAUUCGUCUACGUCGAGUCGGCUUUCUUUUUCAAAUGGUGGAAAGAACAAACAGCCGAAUUGCAGGAACAGGUACGAGAUUUGGUUAAUCAAGGCCGGUUGGAAUUCAUCGGCGGUGCGUGGAGUAUGAAUGAUGAAGCAGCAACGCACUAUCAAAGCAUCAUCGAUCAAUUUACCUGGGGACUGCGACUACUGAAUGAUACCUUUGGAGAGUGUGGCCGACCAAGGAUCGGUUGGCAAAUCGAUCCGUUCGGACACUCACGGGAACAGGCGUCCAUUUUCGCUCAGAUGGGAUUCGAUGGACUGUUCUUUGGACGAUUGGAUUACGAGGAUAAAAGAGAACGGCUGACGAAAAAGAAUGCUGAAAUGAUUUGGAAAGCCAGUGCAAAUAUGGCGGACAGUGAUCUGUUUACGGGAGUUUUGUACAAUACGUAUCAACCACCGCCAGGGUUCUGUUUUGACAUCCUGUGUUCGGACGAACCGAUCAUGGAUGGGCCGUACAGUGCGGAAAACAAUGUAAACUCGAAGGUUGAUCAAUUCAUUGCCAUUGUACAGAACAUGAGUUUGGCUUACCGCACAAAUAACAUAGUUUUAACCAUGGGUGAGGACUUUCACUAUCAGUACGCUGAAAUGUGGUUCAAAAAUCAAGAUAAGCUUAUUAAACACACCAACGCACGUCAAGCCAAUGGAUCCAACGUCAACGUUUUCUACUCAACUCCAUCCUGUUAUCUGAAAGCCCUGCACGAUGCGGACAUUACGUGGCCUACGAAGAGCGAUGAUUUCUUUCCGUACGCUUCGGAUCCGCACGCCUUCUGGACCGGUUAUUUUACGUCCCGGCCAACGAUCAAACGUUUCGAACGUGUCGGAAAUCAUUUCCUGCAGGUUUGCAAACAACUGACGGCUCUGGCACCGAAAAAGGAAAGUCAUUUCACGGUCCAUCUGAACGUCCUGCGGGAAACCAUGGGUGUGAUGCAGCACCAUGAUGCCGUGACCGGAACCGAGAAGCAACACGUGGCCGACGAUUAUUCCCGGAUGUUGCACCGGGCAAUCGAAGCCUGCGGAGCAAAUACGAAAGUCGCUCUGAAUCAAAUGGUCGACCCGGUGCAGAAGAAAAGCCUAUCCAAAUAUAGCGGUCAUGAUUUUCAGCGAAACUUCACCUUCGAAUUCGACACCUGCCAUUGGUUGAACAUCAGCAAAUGUGAAAUCACUGAAUCUAGCGAUAGCUUUAUGGUCACCCUGUACAAUCCGCUGGCCCACUCCGGCUAUCAGUAUGUUCGUUUGCCGGUUUCCGGCAACAAGUACAUCGUCAAAGACUACCGUGGUGUUGAAACACCUUCCCAAAUGGUUCCCAUUCCGGCCACGGUUCAAAAUCUGAACUACCGCUUCAGCAACGCAACCAGCGAAGUGGUGUUCCUGGCGAACGAACUUCCUCCACUCGGUUACAAAUCUUACUUCGUGUCACGGGUGAUCGAAUCCGUGGACGAUUUCACCAACGAUCACCAUUCAGCAUCAGCACCGGCCGUAAAGCUACAAGCUGACGAAGCUGCCAAACAGUGGCACUCGCAGGAAGUGGUCAUCGGAAACAAGUACCUAAAUGUUAGCUUCGACAGCAACGGUUUCCUGAGCACAAUCAGUGUCAACGGAAUCAGUAGUCGGUUACGUCAAACAUUCGUUUACUACGAAGCGGCAAUCGGAAACAAUAUCGAAUGGCGAAAUCGCUCGUCUGGUGCCUACAUCUUCCGUCCCAACGGGACCGAGCGGCACGUCAGUGAUUCCGUUCUGUUGCAAGUGUUCAAGGGGAACGUGGUUCAGGAAGUUCAUCAGGUGUUCAACGAAUGGAUCAGUCAGGUGGUUCGUAUCUACUCCGACGAGAACCACGUUGAGUUCGAGUGGUUGGUCGGCCCCGUUCCGAUUGAUGAUAAUGUUGGCAAGGAAGUGGUUUCACGAUUUUACACAGCCGCCCAAUCGAACGGUGUGUUCUGGACGGAUUCGAACGGCCGGGAGAUGAUUCGGCGAGUGCGAAAUCAUCGCGACACCUGGAAUUUACAGCUGGAUGAACCGAUUUCUGGAAACUACUAUCCCGUAACAACGAAAAUCGCCCUGGAAGAUGAUAACAUUCGGUUGGCUGUUUUGAACGAUCGUGCCCAGGGUGGUAGCAGCUUGGAAGAUGGAUCACUCGAGUUGAUGGUUCAUCGAAGGCUUCUUCACGAUGAUGCUUUCGGUGUGGACGAAGCACUCGAUGAGCAGGCCUACGGAAAGGGACUGGUGGCUCGUGGCAAACACUAUGUUAUGUUUGGAUCGAAAAAGACUUCCAGUCCGACCCUGCCGGCCAGGGAACGGUUCCUGCAGAAUCAAAUUUUGCUACCGAACUGGGUGUUCCUCAGUGAUGUCACCAACUACUCGUACGAAGAAUGGCAGAAACGAUUCAACAACAUUUACUCAGCACUUUCGCUGUCCCUCCCGUUGAACGUCAACCUGAUGACGUUCGAGCCGUGGAAGGAAAACAGUCUGCUGGUACGAUUCGAGCAUCUGCUCGAGAAGGACGAAGAUCCCAUGUACUCCAAACCGGUCCGGUUCAAUCUACAGGAUAUCUUCCGUUCGUUCAGUAUCGAAACCAUUCGUGAAACCACACUGGCUGGAAAUCAAUGGAAGGAAGACAACAAGCGGUUCCAGUUCAAGCCGGAUCCGUCCUACCUGCAGCAGGUUAACCCGUUCCAGAACGAUUUGGCGUCGCAGGCGAACGUAGAGUCACAACAGGGAUCGGAAUCGGAGGAAAGUUUACGUAAUGUCAGCAACGAGGGAUACGAAAUCCAACUGGGUCCUAUGCAGAUUCGAACUUUCAUCUUGGAGCUAGAAUUUAGGCCAUAGUGCGGCGGGAUCGAAUAAAUGAUUUGAGAGGUAUAAAUUA